AUGGGAAAAUCAGCCAAAUUCUACAAAAGACCCACGAAGAAAGAAAAACUUGGUCUCUCAUCAAACUCCGCUCAAAUUCGUUCAGCUAUCAAACUCAGUAAAUUCAACCAACCUGAAAAACCUACAAUUUUGAAACAUGAACGACCAAAACCAUUGGCUAGCUCAUCAACAACUCAAACGCACUCUUUGAUUCAAGAAGAGGAACAAGAGGUCGAAGAAAUGGAUAUCGAUGAGCCGACAAAAAAGAAACGAACAGGACUCAAAUCUAAGGUUUUGAAGAAAUCAAAAGAUUUAGAUCCUUCAAGAAAACCUAAAGAUUAUGUUGAUCUAUAUGAUCAACCGGAUCGAAGGAAAAAAGGCAAAACUUCAAAGAAUCUCAGCAAGUAG